AUGUCGACUAUCCUGUCCAGGAAUCCGUUCAAAGGCCAAGUGUUCAAUGACUACGAGCACGAGGAUUUUUACAAGGGUGUGGUAAUUGACUACCGUGGAAAAAACCCUUCUGAUCACUUCAAUCACCAGUUAGACAAGACCGUCUACGUUACAAUGGGACUUCUGCAACUCAUGACGAAACCCAUAUUUUUGGGGAAUAUUACGAUCGAAAUUCCAUUUCCGCGGCUUUUUUGUGCUCUCCUAUGCGCGAGAGUACCACCCGAUAAGCUACUCUCCAAGACCAUCUUAACAUUCCCGUUCAAUUCCAGCGGUCCUGAUGACAACGUUUUCAUCUAUUACACUGGUCAUGGUUCGCGUUACUAUAUUAUCUUUCCAGAUGAAGAACUCACUGUCGUGGAAUUGAACAAUAUCUUCGCUCACCUGCGUUCAAAGAAAAAGUAUAACAAGCUGGUGUUCUACAUGGAUGCUUGCUUCUCUGGCUCUAUGUUCGGCAGCCUUCCUUCAAAUGUGGGAAUCUACGCGACAACUUCAGCCAAAGAAGAUGAAGACAGCUAUGCUGUGCAUUGUGAUGACAAGCAAAUCGAUGUGUGUCUAGCGACCGAAUACUCGUAUGCCUGGAUUACGGAUUCAGAAUACGUGAGUUUUAUCAAAAAUGUUGCAGAUGAGCCUGUCAGUUUAGAUAGUAAACCAUCUUCUUGGGUACAUUUGAUCUCAAUGUCUCGACGCCUGAUGGAGGCCACAACCGUGGAAGAACACGAAGCUGCUUGGCGAAAACUACACCGUGCACUUCAGCUUGGCCACAUUGUCAAGGAAACAUUUCACGACAUCGUCAUGGAUGUGACAUCCCACCAUAAGCCAACGGUAAAAGGCUUGUCCACGAGGAAUGAGCUCAUGUGUUUCAAGGCAGUAUUCGAUCACUUCCGGACGCACUGCUUCACAAUUCAGCAGGCCACCAGUGUUCAACAUUGGUGUUAUGCUGUCGUGGACGAUGAUGACGAGUAUGAGGAUGAUGAUGAUGAUGAUGACAAAGGGGGUGAUUAUGAUGACAUGCCAUAA